AUGUACAACAAAGUUCGUUUUAGCCUAUCUAUCCCCUCUGUGCCUGAUAGUGGUUCUUCUCCCUUCUCUCACUCUCCUUUUAAGACUGCUUCGCAGUUAUUUAUUCAUUCUUUCUCUUUUCAUGUUAUUUGUUUGCAUACUAUAUUAAAUCUACCUAUCUAUCCACAUGUUGUCUUUCGUUCUCACUCUCUGCCUCCUCCUCUUUUUGCUGAACAAGUACCUUUUCUCUUUCACUCAUUCCCUCUCUGUCCUUCAACGAUUUCCUCUUCUCUGAUUGAUGCCUCUAUGUGUGUCCUUUCUCUUACUGUUCUUCUCUCUGUAGAAAAGCGCUCGUUCUUCCGAGGAGAGCUCAGAGAUCUCUGUCUAAAAAAAAACCUUCUCUUCUUCUGUGGCGAGCGAGCAAAUGCGUGUAACGAUGAAUUCGUAUACUGCUCUAAGUCUCCUCCCUCCUGCUACUUCUCCGAACAGACAACCCUACUCUCUUUCAUUUUUUGUCCUUCUCUUUCUUACUCUCCCUUAUCCUCUUCCUCUUCUAUCUAUACCUCCCUCUCCUUCUUUCCAUUCUGCUUUAUGACACUGUCCUUUAUUUUUCACCCGACAAAUUAUUUCUCCUUCAUUUUCUCUCCCCUCCGCCGUCUCCAUUCUCUUCCUAUUCGUUUCCCCCCAUUUUUUUUUUUAAAAAAACCUCUUGUUUUUCUCGUUCUCUCUUCUUAUUCUUUUUGCUUCUUUGACUACUUCUUUCUUUUUUUAUUUGAAUUUUUUCGACUCCGAGUUUUUAAUUUUCCAUUUUUUAUUCCCCUUCAUUUCAUCAUUUUUUCAUUCCUUGUAAUUUUAGCAUUUACUUUCUUUCAUGUAUUUUCUUACUCUCUCUCCCUUUUUUCAAUAACUUCUCAGGCCAGUAGAAGUCAUUUCAUUAUUUCUUUCUUUCUUACACACUGA